UAAUAAAAAUAAUUAAUUUUAUCAUUAUUUAUCAUUAAAUAUUGACUUUUCCAUUUUUGGCGCCUUUUAGAACUCCGAUGUGACGUCAUCUAGUGCAGUGUGUUUAAUUUAGCGUAUAUACAAAAUGGAGUUUUGAACACAGAGCUUCGAAAAAUUCGUUACAUUUAUUUUGUAAAAAAGAAAUAACUUGUCUUUUAUAACAAAAAAAUAUACAAUGGCAACGUUCGAAAAAUUACGAAAAAUUUAUAGCAAUUACUUGCAGCAAUGUCAAGCAAUUUCUGAUGUUGGAAAUUUUCAAAAAAAAUGUAUCGAAGCUUGCCCAAAUGAUUUAGAUAGAAAAGCUGCGAUAGAUCAAGCAUUGCGAGAUACUUUGCUUGUUAUUCUCCAGGAAAAUGCAACGAAAAAUGUUUCUGCCUUAGAAUCUUACAUUACAAUAACAAUUGAAAUUUGUAGAAAAGAUUUAGCAACAACUAGUAUGCCAGUAAUGCUUCUGAGUGAUAUUUUUGACGCGAUGACACUAGAUAAAUGUGAAAAAUUAUUCACUUAUGUUGAGAAUAAUGUUGCUGUAUGGAAGGAAGAAUUAUUUUUCAGUGCUUGUAAAAAUAAUUUGUUGCGAAUGUGUAAUGAUUUAUUGCGACGAUUAUCUCGUUCCCAACAAACAGUGUUUUGUGGACGAAUUUUAUUAUUUCUUGCUAAAUUCUUUCCAUUCUCCGAACGAUCUGGACUCAAUAUUGUAAGCGAAUUUAAUUUAGACAAUCAUACUGAAUUCGGAUCAGAAAAGACUGAUGAAGAUGCUGUAGAACCGAUGGAAGAAGAUGAUAAGACAGAAACUAAAGUACAGAUGGAUUAUAAUUUAUACAGAAAAUUUUGGGCUCUACAAGAUUUCUUUAGAAAUCCUAAUCAAUGUUAUAAUAAAAUGCAUUGGAAAGUUUUCUCUGCUCAUGCUACAAGUGUGCUCUCUGCAUUUUCUUCUUUCAAAUUAGAAGAUCAACGAACCUAUUCUACGACUGGAAUCAGAAGAGAAUCAGUUGGAGAAAAUUCGUACAAAGAAACUCAUUAUUUUGCCAAAUAUCUCACCAAUCAAAAGCUACUGGAAUUGCAACUUUCUGAUUCUAAUUUUCGACGUUAUGUUCUACUCCAGUUCUUAAUUUUAUUCCAAUAUCUCAAUAGCACUGUCAAAUUUAAAGCUGAAACUCAUGAAUUAAAACCAGAUCAAAUUGAAUGGGUAAAAAUAACUACAGAACAAGUAUUCAAUUUAUUAGUUGAAACUCCUCCAGAUGGUCGAGCAUUUGCUGAAACUGUUAAAAAUAUUCUGAAACGUGAAGAACAUUGGAAUGCCUGGAAAAAUGAUGGUUGUCCACCGUUCAAAAAACCUGCUCAUGAUUCUGGUGAAAAUGAUGAGCCGAAAAAAGUUAAAAGAAUGAGACGUCGGAUUGGCGAUGUGAUUCGAGAAGCACAAGCUGCGGGUAGAUUUAACAUGGGAAACCCUGAGCUCACUAAAUUAUGGAAUCUAUGUCCAAAUAAUUUAGAAUCUUGCAAAUCGAAAGAUCGAGAUUUCUUACCAUCAUUGGAGACCUAUUUCGAAACAGCAAUAGUGGAAUUAGAUCCUGCUUCUAUGGUUGAAGAUGAAUAUAAGAAAGUUAAUGAUGGCAAUUUCGGAUGGAGAGCCUUGAGAUUAUUAGCUAGACGAAGCCCACACUUUUUCGUUCAUGGAAAUAAUCCUAUCAAUAAAUUGCCGGAGUAUCUUGAAUUAAUGAUUAAAAAAAUUGCCAAAGACAGGCCACUUCAAUCUGAUGCUAAAGCUGACGUUGAAGAAACUACUCCUCCAGAUUCCAGUGAACAAGAAUUUAAUGAAGAUGUUCUGAAACAAGAUUCAGAAGUAGUUGAAUCAGAAAACUCCGAUCAUAAAGCUGGCAAGACAAAUCCUAUUACUGAAGGAAUGAUUAUAAAACUUUCAGAAGUAUUGAAGAACGAUUGGGAAAAAUUGGCUAUUAAGCUUGGAUAUAAACAAGAUGAGAUUGCCUUUUUCCGUGGGAAAUCUACUUUAUACGAACAGUGUAUGAGCAUGUUGAAAAUUUGGGUGGAAGCUGAUGAAGAUGCUUCAGUCGAAAAUUUAGCGUACAUAUUGGAAGGAUUAAAUUUAACAGAAGCUUUAGUAGCCUUAAAAUUAGACAGUAAUUAAUAAAUAUAAUUAGAUAAGAGUAAAUAUAUUAAUUCUGUACUGUUUUAAUUAAUUGGUAUAUUAAUUAUUCACCGUCAACAUAACUGUUACAGCUUUAUCAACUAAUUAUAUCUGGGAAUGAAACAAAAAACUACAUUUUUUCAUAUUUAUAUAUAAAAUAUAAUGAUUAUUGUUCGAAGAAAAACAAUUACGUACAAACAUAAGUGAAUUACAGAUAAACGUACGUAAAGUUACACGCGAAACAUGUCUAUUAACUUUAUAAUUUUAUAUUUAAAUGCAGUUAAAGAUCAUAAAAUUGGAGUAAAAGUAUAAUUAUAUAUAA